UUUUGUACUAUGUCUCUAUAUAUAUUGCAUCAAUCCUCGUAUACAACAUUUAAAGCAAGAUUGAUACAACUUAACUAAUUGAGUUCGUACGUAGUUAAGUUAAUAAAGUUGUGGAAUUUAAUGGCGGGAGGCUGCUGGUUUUUGGAUCUCACGUUAAAUUCGGCCACGGGUCUCUUAGACGUCAGGGAAUUCGGCAGAAUGAAAGUGUACGCGGAAGUGACCAUCGACGGGAAACCGACCAAGUACAAAACUCCGGUGGACUACGCGGGAGAGACCAACCCGACGUGGAACCUGAGGGCUUUCUACAACCUCGACUACGAGGCCGUCAAGCGUGACGACACGUUCCUCGUCAUCAAAUUGUACUGCGAGAGAAGCUUUGCGGCCGACAAGUAUGUCGGGGAGUUGAAAAUGUCGAUAAAGUGGCUUUUCGACAAAAGAAACGGCGAUCAACUCACCGUUGCAAAUUACUACGUUAACAGGGCUAAAGAGGAUGGUGAGUUUGGAAUACUGAACUUCUCGUACCGUUUGUACGAGACCUCCCCGGAGAUGAGUAAUGCCGACGGCGACUCAUCUGGACGUAAGGAAAGUUUUUCGAGAACAGUUCUCAAAACAGCCGCCGCCAUCGCAUUAGAAAGCUUGAUUCCGGGUUCAUCAGACAUAUUUUUCGAAUGAUGGGAUCGAUUCGCCUUCAAAUACUCUUCAUCUUGCUAGUUGGAGUGUGUAUAAUGUGUGUGUUUCCGUCUUUGGUUGAGAGAUUUGAGACCUGAAAAAAACAUAGUCGAUUGAUUUUAAGUUUUCGUUUACUUGGUGUUCAUCAUAUUGAUGUCUGAAUCUGUAAGCGACAAGUCUAGACAAGUAUUCAGUUUCAAAAUAAAACAUUAUUGUAUUGUACGAAAUUGAUACAACUUAUGCAACCUUUUUUUUUUUUUU